UCUGAGCGAGAAGCAGAGCAGCCUGCAGUCUGUGAAGAACAGCAGGCGAAGCAGGAAGAGGACUGGAUCAUCAUCUGUGCAGAGAAGGAUCAAAGAGGGCUGCUGAUGGCUGGCUUUCUGGAUAACUUCCGCUGGCCAGAGUGCGAAUGCAUUGACUGGCGGGAGAGGAGGAAUACAGCAGCUUCUAUUGUCUCUGGAGUUCUGUUCUUCACAGGCUGGUGGAUCAUGAUUGACGCAGCAGUUGCGUAUCCAUCACAGGGCCAGAUGAACCAUGCAUUCCACACAUGUGGCGUCUUCUCCACAUUAGCAUUCUUCAUGAUAAAUGCAGUUUCUAAUGGCCAGGUGAGAGGGGACGCAUAUGGAGAGGGCUGCCUUGGCAGGACAGGAGCUCGUCUCUGGCUGUUUAUUGGCUUCAUGAUGAUGUUUGGCUCGCUCAUUGCCUCUAUCUGGAUUCUGUUCGGUGGCUAUGUGGUGGCAAAAACACAGGUGAAAUAG